AUGGCUCCAUUAGAUGGCUCGUUUCUUGAUGUAUCUUUGGAGGAGACUGUUAAUAGUGAGAUAUUUGACUGUGACAUUUGUGGCAGAGGUUACAAGACCAAAGCCUUACUGAAAAGACAUCUCAGAAAACAUUCAAGCGAGGAAACAUUUGAAUGCACGAGAUGUACACAGUAUUUUAGCAGUCAGAAGGCACUUGAUGAUCAUAUUAAGAGUAAACAUAAUGAGAAAAAUCACCUCUGCGUCACAUGUGGUAAAUCAUUCAUGACAAAGUCUAAUCUUAAUUCUCACACUAAACUAAUCCAUCCAAGAGUUGAUGAUGCUAAAUCAUCAACUUUGAUGUCAUGUCCUUUUAAAGACUGUAAAUUAACUUUCAAUCAAAAGGAGAAAUACCAGGAUCACAUGAAUACACAUACAGGGAUUAAACCGUACUCGUGUGCACAGUGCGAAAGAAAAUUCCAUAACAGGUAUAUAAAAUCAAAACACGAAAAAUCCUGCCUUGGUUUGUCAGUCAAUACAUGUGAUGUAUGUAAUAAGGAUUUGUGUGAUAAAUCGUCUCUUAAGAGACACAAAGACGCUCAACAUUCCGGGAAACGAUUUGCAUGCCUUUGUGGAAAAAACUUUGCUUAUUACAGCUCUCUCUUGAAGCAUAAGAAAGAAAAGAAACACUAA